ACAGCAGCUGCACCAGACCCUGCUCCACCCCUCACCUGGGCUGCCACCUCUGUGGAUGUUCUCAGCACCUUCUUCAGUCUCCCAUUGAAAUAAUAUCUAUCCUUGUAACAGCAUGAUGCUCUACCUGUGUGUCUCCGUGGUGACCCUGCUCCUACAGCCAGUGGUGUCCGUCACCUAUAACUGCUCUGCACAAGACGAAAGGGUCCCGGACAACUCGGACCUGACGGUUAACUGUGGCACCACCAUGAUUGUCCUCGAGGUGAAUCUGUGUUCCGCCCAGUGGGCCGGCUUUGACCCCAGCAGCCUGGCCAUGAAUGGACAGCACAACAACAGCCAGUGCGUGGGCAACAUUGACACCAGCGUCGAGCCGCCGGUCUUACGCUACCAGCUGCCAGUCAACGACAGCCAGAAUAACCCCUGUAGGCAAUCACUGCAGAUUGUGGACGAGGUGCCGGACCAGUCUGGACCGUUCAGCUCCUUCUCCACCAUCCAGUCAGUCAUCAUCACAGGCUUCAUCGACACACCCAGCUCCUCCGUGGGAAUCAUCAGCUACGCCACGGACCUGUACUACCACUUCUCCUGCCGCUACCCGCUGGAGUACCUGCUCAACAACACCAAGAUCGUGGCGUCUUCAGUAUCCGUGGCUACCAGUGACAACAACGGCACCUUCAUAAACACCCUCAGUAUGAGCGUGUACAACGACACAAACUACAUCUAUCCCCUGACGGUGCCUGCUACAGGGCUGGGGCUGAGGACCAAGAUCUACGUGGAAGUGAAGGCCACCAACCUGACAGGAAAUUUCAAUGUACUGCUCGACCACUGCUUUGCAACGCCAUCUGCCUACAACAUGUCGAACAGCGACAAGCACAGCUUCUUCACAGGGUGCUCCGUGGACUUGCGUACCAAGGUUACGACAAACGGCCAGUCCAUAAGCGCCAAGUUCAACUUUGAGGCGUUCCGCUUUGUGGAGCACCGUGACAAGGACAAGUCCAGCACCUUCAUCCACUGCAUCCUCCGGCUGUGUGAACCCAACAAGUGCCAGGAGCUGCUGAACGGUUGCAGACGCAGGAGAAGGUCUGUGAAUUCGUUUGGAACAGAGUCCAGCGACUCAGCCACCGUGUCCAUCGGCCCCCUCUUCACCGCCAGAGACGGUGAGUCACGCUGUCACAAGAUAGACAGGACAUCAGAGGAGUGAGUGAGUGAGUGGGUGGGUGAGUGACUGAGUGAAUGAG